AUGACGGAUCUACGGUUUCGAGUACCUAUUGCAAUUGCUUUAGGGAAACUUAGUCCUUCUUGGGCCCGAAACAAUUUUAACGAUCUCUGCUAUGAAUUUAUACAAGCUCAAAACAAAUAUGAUUCUCUACUACCACUUAGUGCUUAUAUAUUAAUUAAUUAUGUCGAUGAUUUUGUUAAUUAUCCUUCGAAUGACGUUUUAUUCAAUGCUUUAGAUUGUUUAAUAAUUGCAGCUGUUCAACAUAGAUGGUCAAUUGUUUGUCCGUUUUUAUUCGAUCAAAUUACAAAUAUAUUGAGAAAAUUUCGUCAUAAUGUUGUUUCAUUAUGGAUUAAUAAUUUCUUGUCUGAAUCUUCUCAACAUGAUAUUCAAACAAUAACAGUUCUUUGUCAUUUUCUCGAAGAAAAACUUCACGAAUUUGAAACUAUUAAAUGGUUAGAUCAAACAUCUUGCUCAAUGCUUCAAUCCUUAUCAACACUUGAUAAUGAAAAUAACGGAUUUGCUAUUGAUCGACUAUUAGAUAAAAUUGCUUUCUCAAAUCAUCAGUUACUACUUUCGAAUCCAAUUACUUUCAAAAGGCUUCUACUUAAUAAGAAUAUUGAAAUUAAUUCGAUAUCUGCGAUUUUCUUGCCAUUAAUCAUGAGUUUAUAUGAUGGUUUAACACGAGAUGGUCAAACAGUUGUCUUCAGUGCAUCUCAUAUUCAUCGAGAAUCAACUGUAUUAACAUCGAUGUUAAUACGGUUUUUUUCACGAAACAAUCUUGAUAAACAAGACCAAAAUUUAAAAAAAUUACAACAAGAAUGUAUAAAAUAUUUUGUGAUGUUAAUCAAAAAUCAUGAUGAAUCCUCCGAAGCAGUCGAUUUGUGUAUUGCAACUAUUUGCCUUUAUGAUAUUGAAUAUUUACAAAAUAAUUUAGAUAUUAUCUCUAAUUCUUUUUUACGUAUGUGUACGAAAUAG